GGCGGAAUUGUGUAAAUGCAAAUAGGCCAUGAAUUAAAAAAGAAGAAGAAGAAGUAGAAACGAUGUCAUUUAUUUUAUAUAAUUAGAGUGUCAAAUAAGAAAGAAACUAUUUCUAUUUCUUUUAGUCACGUGAAUUAUGGUUAUGUUUACCAAAUAUUUACAAAAAACAUACUCUUUUACUUACAAUAAUCUACGUCGAAUUAGUAUGACGACCCCGAAUUUAGAAAAAGUAUUGGAAGAUCUACAAAAAAAUCCCUAUUAUGAAAAAUACUCUGCUAGAAUUGCUGCCCUUCAGAAAACCUCGCCAGAAGAAUUCUCUCAAAGAGUUGAACAACAGCUAACUGCGAAAGAAAAAGAAAAGAAGAAAAAAUUUGGAACCGUCGACACCAGACAAUUUUCGUCAGCAUUAAACCCCAAAGAGGCAUUUAAAGGUGAUGCUGCUUUAAAGGAUAAUAAACUUGAAGAUAUUUUUAAAAUUGAUCUUGUGAAAGAUAAAGAUUCAACUGAGAUACAAAGUAUUUGGGAAGAAUAUUACAAGAAUAAAGAGGUGAUAUCUGCAACUAUCCCAAAACAAGUGUAUGCAGCGUUACAGAAAAAUAUGAAAGAAUGCCCUACUUUUCUUUUUCCACUUCCACGGUCUCAGGGAUAUGAAUUUAUUAUGUGCCAAAGUUAUGGUCACACUGUACACUUUACACCUCUACUAGCUUAUCAGGUUCAUAAAGAAAAUGCUCCAGAAUGUCUCACCGUGAUACACUACACUGAACUUUCUGACAAGGGGAUUGUACUUAUGAAGGGAGAAUAUGAUAAGAAUGUGCUGAAUGGACAGGAGGCACAAUGCCUUGCCAACCAGUUUCAAAUGUAUUAUAGUGGGAAUGAUGACAACAAGCUUAAGUUAUUGCGAAGCUUUACCACAAGUCCAGAUAAAUUUAAACAUAUGGAUUUAAUUUCACAGUUAGAGAAUAUAGGUUUGGUUUGAAAAUAUUUAUUAUCUAAUUAAUCUAAAGUUGUAUAGAUAUUUGUAGAAUUACAUUUUUUAAUGCAAAUAUCGGAAAUGAUUGCCAAGUCUUGCAUAACAGAUUCAGUACUGACUAUUUGCUGUGGAAAAUAUUACUGAAUUAAUUUUAAUUCAUACCUCAUGAAUAGAAAUUGUGUAAAGUAGCUAAUACAUACCUGUUUGUUUUUGUUUUAUUCAUUAAAAUAAACUGUUAUUAAUAACAAAAGACUAUAAUCAAUUGUAAUCUCUCGUACUUUCUUAUCUACAUUUUAUCAUUACUUUUCUAACAUUCUCCAGACUAAGAUGCAUGUCAUUAAUAGAAAAUCAUAAAACUCAUUUAAGAUUAUUUUUAUUAUGAAGCAACAAAUAUGUCUAGAUUUUCUUUUUUUUCUUAUGAAAUUUAUCUACAAUUAAAAUAUAACUUCUUUGUAAUAUGAAGCAAAUAAGAAAGUAUUAAAGUUAUAAAUUUAAUUUGUGUGGAAAAAAAUCGUAUUCUGGCAUGUGUGAUAGUGGUGAAUGCAGAUUUUGUGUCUCAUAAUAUGAUGAAUAUGAGCCAUCCCUAGUAGGCGGGUCUUCAUCAGAAUCCUCCUCUCUGUGAUUAUAGUAACUACUACGCAUCAUACAGCCAAGUUUUAUGUAAUCCAUAGGAUUUUGGAUAAUUUUUUCUUUUAUUGAGUAUCCUUCCCAAUCAUCACUUGUUGCAAUACAAAUCUUAUUAAUUUCAUUAUGAAACGUUAGGGGGCGGAUUUUUUGUAAAGAUUCUUUAGUUUUUCUAACAACCAAGUCAUCUUUAGGAGUCAAAAAAUUAUUUUUGAUAUACAUAGAAAUGGUAUCUAAGAGUUCUUCAUACAAGAGAUUUCCAUAAUUAUCUUCAGACAAGCUAGACGACAUUGUCUUUUCAUUGUUAGCACUGUCAAAAUUGCAACUUUCCACAGACAUAUAUUUUAAGGGACUUGAUGGAAUUAAUUCAUCAGAACAGUUUUCUUUAAUAUCAUUAUAGUUUUGGAUGUUGUUUGUGUCUAAUUCGUGAUUAAUAAUGUAAUCUCUGCAUGGCUUUGAUGAACUUUGAUGACAAUCAACAAUGUCUUUAACGGCUUUUGAAUGAGUGUUACGUUUUCUGUUAUUGCUUUGGUGCUGUUCACAACGUAUGUUUGAAAACAAUGGCCUGGUAAUUGUUUCAGAUCGCACUGCAUUUGUAAACAUAUUUAUCUUGGACAAAUUUCCUUUUAUAUAAUUAUGUUUUAUUUCAAUACAUUUUUUUUUGAAUUGCGUUUCUAAUGAGGCAAAAUCUUUACGACAUCUUUUUCUCAUUUCAUCGAGAUAUUUACGUGUUUUUCGUUUUUUACGUUUGGUCCUGACAAAUGCUUCCAUGAAAUCUCGUAAAUCAAACGAAUAAUCCUUUUUGUCUUAAUCAAAACGGAUAACUUAAUAUCAAAACGAAGAUA